GAGGGAGCUAUGAAUUUUGAAUUCGAAAGGGAGAUCGGUUUUAUAAACAGCCAGCCAUCCCUAGCAGAGUGCCUGACGUCCUUCCCCGCCGCCCUGGAGUCAUUUCAAACUUCAUCAAUCAAGGACUCGACAGUAAUUCCGCCUCCCUUCGAGCACACCAUCCCCAGCCUCAGCCCCUGCACAGCCAGCCAGCCGAGACCGGCUGCGAGGAGCCAGCAGAACCGGAGAAGCUCUGCCACUAAUGGCCUCCAGACGCACCACCGAGGCGCCCAGCAGCCCGGACCGCCGGGGCAGGCCCCCGGCCCGGUCAUGGCGACCCCGGCCGGUCCGAUGGCCCACGAGUUUCCCUGGAUGAAGGAGAAGAAAUCGUCCAAGAAGUGCUCUAAGCCUGGGGCCAGUUCCGGCGGUGGCGGAUCCAUCAUCCCCCCCGCCUCGUCCUCCCCGUCGCCGACCGCCUCCGGGUACCCAUCGGCGGGCAUCGAGUCACCCACAGACCCGAACCAGGAUGGUGGAGGAGCCGGGUCCCGACGGCUGCGCACCGCGUACACCAACACGCAGCUGCUGGAGCUGGAGAAGGAGUUCCACUUCAACAAGUACCUGUGUCGGCCCAGGAGGGUGGAGAUCGCGGCCCUUUUGGAUCUGACCGAGCGACAGGUCAAAGUCUGGUUCCAGAACCGGCGCAUGAAACACAAGCGCCAAACGACGCACCACAGAGACGGCGGUGGAGGCCACGAAUCCAGCGACCCGGGCGGGUUUGAGCCGCUGGAAGGUGCCGAUGCCUCUUCUCCGUACUCGAGCCAGCCGCUGGAGGCAUCUGGUACGGGGGAGGCUACACUGGAGGGCGACAGGGUCAGCGGCGAUCCAUCUUCGGCCGCCGCCUACGCUACUGACAGCACGGACAAUGCACAGCCCACACCGGAGGAAGGAGGCCGUUCGAGCCGCCCCGAACGCCCACCGCUGCCCGGGGAAUCUGGCUCCUCCGAGCUCGCCGCAGCUCACCAUUCCCCGCCGCCGUUCCCCACCACGAACUCCGCCGACAACCCGGGCCUGGCAGCGGAGCUGAGCGAGGCCGGGCCCGCAGCAGCAGCCGGGGCCGCGUCCGACUCGUGUUUCUCCGAGCAGCGGCACAUCUCCAUCACCUCCUCCGGCUCCGCGCUCCCCGACCUCACCUUCUUCGCCGGGGACUCGUGCCUGUCGCCCAGCCUGCAGAGCUCCCUGGAUAGCCCGGUGGAUUUCUCCGAGGAGGACUUCGACCUGUUCACAAGCACACUGUGCACCAUAGACCUGCAGCAUCUCACCUUCUGAGAGCAGCUGCGACACCGAACAAUUCAAACUCUAGAAAUAACAAGAACAGUGGACGGUCCGGCCUGUGGAGGACACGCAGCACUCGACGAGGACUCUGUUGUUUUAAAAAGAUCAAAGUUUCUCGGCAACAUUCCUGAAUCAUUUCUGAAUGAAAAUUAUGUUGGUUUUAAAAUAUACUUUUUCUUCUUCUUGCUGGUUUAAUUUUGCGGAUAUAAUGUAGUUUAAGAGAGACACAGUUACUUUUUUAUUUAUUUUAAAGAUCGAAGGGAAAAUAUUUUUUUUUCUACAAUCCAAACGUUGUGGAUUUAUUUUCUCCCUGUUGUCCGAAUGUCAGGUAUUUAUUGCCUUUCUUGAUUUUGGUUGAAAUGAGUGAACACUUGUCGGUGUGUGUGGAUUUAUUUCCCUUUUGUUCUGGUGCAGCUUCGUGGAUCUUUACUAACUUCUCAGGAACUGUUCACGGAGCCUAGGUGCAGAAAGCUGGACUGCUUUUAGAAAACUGAAGAAUGUUCCCUCUCUCUCUCUCUGAACGAGACGAGGCGAGAGGGAAGCCCUGCUGAUGACCCGACUUUUAGACCCUAGUUUAUUUAUUCAGAUUCUUUAAUAGUGAAAAUCCAAAUUAUUUAUUGUAUAUAUAUUUUCAUAGUGGAAUAAUAAUAAUAAUAAAACAUACAAACAUUUAA